UUCAAACUUCUGCGCCAGCUUGGGGCAGAUGCCUACCCUUCAAGCUCAAUUGAAGUCGCGAUGAACCUGAAAGGCUUUAUAGCCUCCCUCGUCUGGCUCCGAGUGGCUGCAACUGCCUAUGCAAGCCCGCAUUUCGUGUGGAACCAGAUCACACCAUCUGAAGACCUUGUAUGGACGAAAUGUUACGGGGAUAGAGAGUGCGGCAGACUCAAAGUACCGAUGGACUACUCUAAACCGGAUCACGGUUUCGCGAGCAUUGCCCUCAUUCGAGUACGCUCAAAAGUGCCACACGACUCUCCUCACUACCGUGGUCCUGUUCUCAUCAACCCCGGCGGGCCAGGUGGCUCUGGAGUCGACACGGUGCGGCGGAACGGAGACCUGUUAUCGCUCAUUCUUGGCCCGGAAUUCGAUGUGGUCGGGUUCGACCCACGCGGAAUUGCCCGUUCUACACCAAGCGUGUCGUUCUUCGCCAGUCAGGAAGAACGUGCGCUUCUAUUCUCCGAAGUUGGAUAUGACUCAUUGAAUGCGACGUCUGCAUCGCUGGCAAGAGCGUGGUCAUAUGGGUCACUCGUUGGGCAAUUGGCUGGGGAGCGGAAUCAGAAUGGAACUCUGCAAUUCAUGACCACCGACCACACUGCGAGGGACAUGCUCCGGAUCGUUGAAGCCCAUGGUAGAAAGAAACUUCAGUAUUGGGGUUUCUCGUAUGGAAGUGUCCUCGGCUCGACAUUUGCUGCCAUGUUCCCUGACAGAGUGGAAAGGCUAGUUAUUGACGGUGUCGCUGACGUAGAAAAUUACUUCGAAGUCGACUGGUCAGUUUUCCUCACCGACGCCGACGCUGCUUGGCAAUCGUUCGCCGCCAACUGUGUUGCAGCGGGUCCAUCGUCCUGUGCCUUUUACGCCCCCACUGCAACGGAGCUCCUUUCCAAUGUCGAUGUCAUUUACCAGCAACUUCGUGUCCGGCCAAUACCCGUCCGUGGCUUAAACCGCUACGGCAUUGUAACCUUUUCAAUGCUGCGAACUGUUAUAUUCCAGGCUCUUUACUCGCCUUAUGCCCUGUUUCGACCGUUGGCAAAUGCGCUUGCAGGGCUAGCAAAGGGGGACGGGUCGCUCUUGUUCGAGCUUGCCAGCAAGUCGAUGCCCAAACCUUUCGGGUGCUCUUGCGAUAGCGAGAUAGAGCGAGAGAACUCGCAGGAGGGACUUUGGGCGGUGCUUUGUAAUGACGGAAAACGUAUCUCGCCGGAUUACAAUGACAUGGAACGACACUAUCGAGACAUGCUUACCGUAUCGCAGUUUGCCGACCAGUGGGAGGUGCUUCGGACAGGGUGUUUAGCUUGGCCGGAGUACCCCAAGAAUCAUUUCCAGGGUCCAUUCGUGGCGAACACCAGUUUCCCUUUACUCAUUGUCGGGAAUACUCUUGGUGGGUUCAUUGACAAAUCCGUUCCUCGACUAAAACUCCUGCUCGUAGAUCCUGUCACUCCUCUGUGGGCAGCGAAGAAGAUGUCUAAGGGCUUCAGCGGCUCUGUUGUCUUGACACAAAACUUUGUCGGGCAUUGCUCUGUCUCAGCGCCCUCUCUCUGCACCCAGAAGCACAUCCGUGCCUACUUCAGAGACGGGAAGCUACCAGAACUGGACACAGCGUGUGAUAUCAAUGCAGAGAUGUUUCCCGCGACCCACAGCGGUGCGACUACCAGCAGCCAGUCACCAUUCUCUGUUGGAGCCCUCUCAGCGAAGGAUGAAGAGUUACUUGGCGCUCUGAAUGAGCUGGCGCUCGACCCGCGGAACGGUUUAGUGAAGUUUCCGCUGUAA